AUGUCCGCUCAGCUCCUCGCGACGGAGCUCCACAACCUCAUAACUGAGAGCAAGCGAAAACACCAGGACCUGAGACAGGCUGCCGAGAAGUCCCUCGAGGAGCUCAAGAGCAUUCGCGUGAGCGAGGCUCAGUUCGGACGUGAGCUCUCACAAAAGGUCAACUUUGUCAAUCCUUUCAUAAUAGCAUGUGGCACCAAGAACGCAAAGUUCACAGGCAUAGCUAUCGUCUGUCUGCAGCGGCUCAUCGUUUCUAAAGCCCUCCCACGGUCCAAGCUUAGCCCCGUCCUCGAGGCGCUCCGGGAGGCAACCUCUGCUGGUCUCGAUGUUCAGCUCAAGAUCCUCCAAGCCCUGCCUUCCCUUCUGCAGAAUUAUUCCACAGACAUAAAGGAUGACCUUCUGGUGACUGCAUUGAACAUAUGCUUCAUCCUACAGUCCAGCAAAAAUGCCAUCGUCAACAACACCUCUGCCGCAACGCUGCAGCAGCUGAUCGUCACCGUCUUCGACAAAGUUGUUGCAGAGGAUAAAAUCCCGGACGCUCCUUUUGUCGGAGAAGCCCCUGCAGAGGAUGGGGACGUUCAGCUCAGGGCAGCGGCGCUGGACGCCUUCCGCGUGUUCAACGAUCUCUGUCUCCUCACGCAAUCUCAACGUCCCGAGUACCUCAGGUUCUAUGGACUCCCGCAGACUUUUGGUCUCGAGCUGAUAGAAUCGGCCCUGACCAACCACGGUGCCAUAUUUGCAACCCAUCCCGAGCAGGUUCACAUUCUGCGCACCAAGGUUAUGCCUUUCAUUAUCCAGACUCUUUCCGGGAAGCCACACUUUGCUGCCUCGGUUAGGCUGUUUCGCAUCUUAUACACACUCCUCAGGCGUCAUGUUGCAUUGAUACCGAAAGAGAGUGAGGAGGCUUUGGACAUCCUCACCAAGAUACUGGACCAAGACACGACGUUGUGGAAAAGAUCGUUAUGCAUGGAAGUCUUCAGGGGUAUCUUCGCCGAGCCAGCGCUGGUUCGACGCAUCUUCAGGAUGUAUGACGCCAAAGAAGGUGAAAAGGACAUUCUCAAGACUUUGACUGCAACUUUUGUCCGAGUCAGCACGGAGAAGCCGGUUGUGAUUGGGCUCGGUCAUCAGUCAACAAUCCCCGUGGCCAACCCAUACUCUACCUCUGCCGAUCAAGCCGUGCUCGAUGCCAGCGGCGUUAGUGUCUCUGUGAUAGCAGGCGUUGGGGGCGGUGUUCAUGACACAGGCAUCAGCACGCAAUGGAGCUCCAUGCGUGUGCCCUGCAUUGACCAACUCGAUAAGACUGACCCUCCUGCCAUACCUGAGUCCUACGUGUACAGCCUGACGCUUGCUUGUAUCACAUCACUGUCUGAAGGUCUGGCCAAGUUCAUCCUGCCCCUGACUGCGCCAAGCGACAGAAGCCGGAGGCGUGGCAAGGGCUUGCCGGGCGAAGGAGGCAGCGAUGAUCGGAAGAACCCGAUCUCUGUCAACCCGCUGGCUCUCAAGGAGCACCCACUGUAUGCAGACGUGGAAAGUUGUGCAGCUAUCAUCGAGGAAUGUUGGCCGGCAAUCCUGGCAACAUGUUCGGCCUUCCUAUACGCCGCCCUCGACUCUGAAUACUACCAUGGUCUGGUCAGGGCUUUCCAAAGAUUUGCUCACGUGGCUGGGCUGCUGCAGCUAGCGACUCCAAGAGACGCCUUCUUGACCACACUUGGGAAGGCUGCCGUUCCUCCGAAUGUCUUCACCGCGUGCAUAAAUUCUGGGCAGUCUCGACAAUCCGCGCCCCCUCCCGCGCCCGAGCCAACGGAACAGAAUACUCGAAAUCUACUAUGCCUGAGGGCUCUGUUGAAUCUGGGCAUCGCUCUGGGACCCACCUUGUCGGCAUCAUGGCAAAUCGUCCUUGAGACACUGCAACAAGCUGAUUUUGUUUUAUUUACGACCGGCAAGACUGCUGGUAGGACACCCACAGCUGCCAAAGGGCCAGAUCCCAACGCGGAUAAAGAGGCCAACGCUCUGCUGGCAAAUUUCGGCGUCGAGGUCAAGGCUGUUGAGACCGCAGCGUCAAGACUAUUCGAAAGCACCAUUGAUUUCCCCAACAACGCAUUUUUAGAGGUUGUCAACGCGGUGUGUUCGCUUCUCGAGAAACGGCCAGCAUCAGAGUUUCCUUUCAACGGGAGAGAAAGUCGGCCAGAAACAAUACCGGAAGAUGAAAUCCCUUCUAACCUUCCAUCGCCGACUUCGCAACAUAGAAAAGUGUCAGGCAUAAAUAUGGCGUCUGGCCCAGUUCAGCCGGACCAGUUCGCACUGGCCAAGCUAGGCGACCUUGCCAGCAUCAACCUCGAGAGGCUCCUGGCACACCCACCCGAUGUAUCUGGCUGGAAGCCUUUGGUAUCGGAACUCAACACUGCGCUGAGUGCCACCUCCGUAUCAGCCCCUGUUAGAACACGGGCCGCGGAGAUCCUGGUGAGACUGAUUUUGGAAGCUGCCAAUGCAACGGCGACGCAGCCGGAGGACGUUCGUGGCACGAUCCAACUGCGCCUCCUCGAGGCAUUCAGAGAUGCCCUCCUCCCGCUGCAGUCGGGGGAGCGAGACGUGUCAGUUACGAAUCACUCUACAGAUAUCGAGAUCCAUAGGGUGAUCCUCGAAGGUCUUAAGACCAUCCUCGAAAACUGUGGUGAGAGCCUAACCAAUGGCUGGCACCUAACUUUCGAAAUCAUCGACAGCAUCUUCCCGGACAGCGUCUCUGGAUCCGAAAAGAAGCAGACUGGCACCACGCUUUCGACGAGGUCGACCAAACUGAUCAAGGCGUCAUUCGGCUCGCUCCAGCUCAUCUGCUCCGACUUCUUGUCUUCGUUGCCGAAUACGUGUUUUCUGCAACUUGUCGACACCCUAUAUAAGUUCUGCUCGCAAGACGAUGACCUCAAUGUUGCACUCACUACGGUAACGUUUUUCUGGGCAAUAUCGGAUUUCCUGUCCGAGAAGAGUAAUUCCAUGUCCAUCACCGAGGACAUGAUAGGCGGUGGAAAAGACGAAGCGCUGAUUGCACUGGCCUCGCAUCCCGAAAAAGAUGGUUCUAGCGCAGCUCUUUGGAUGCUGCUACUUCUGCGUUUGACCGCAGUGACGGCUGAUCAACGUUUGGAACUCCGGAACAGUGCCAUUCAAACACUCCUUCGUAUCAUACACGCCUAUGGAAGCACUCUGGGACCGCAGGCUUGGUCAAUAUGUACCAAGUAUGUUAUCUUCAAACUGCUUUCUUCGAUUGAAGAGAGACUCCAAGCGGUGAGAGAAGAUGGCGUUAAAGACGACAUACGAUCGGAGUGGAACGAGACCGCUGUCGUCAUUGUGCAGGGCGUCUCAAAUCUGCUCGCCAACUACUUGGACGUGCUGACGUCUUACCCUGCUUUCACGGCUCUGUGGCAAGACCUGAUCAACCACUAUGCCGCAUUGAUUGACUUCAGAGCGCUUGACAUCAAUAGCGCAACAUUCUCCAGUUUAGGAGACAUUCUCUCCAAAUGCGAAGAAUCCCCCAAGUCGAGCUUCGAUAAGAGGACCAUCGAUCUAGUCUGGGAUCUUUGGUCUCGAGGCAUCCCAGCAGGCGAACAGACGAGCGAUGGUAACUUCGACGACAGGCAGAAAUGCUUGAUGUCUUGGGUCGAAGCUUUGUUGGAGCUUUACCGACUCAUCCAAGCUGAUCUAACCUUGGAAAGGGUCAAGCGGAUGCUCAGCCUAUUACGAGACGCUAUGCAACAGGCCCAGCCUGGUUCCUACGCCAGUGAUAUCGAAUAUCUGACCCCGCUGCAAGGUCGAAUCCUAGAGGUCUUCAAACUCUUGCGGACAGACAUAUCCGGUGUCCCGUCAGCUAUUAUCACUCAGGUUGCAGACUUUGUUGCGCUCGCUUUUGAUGAAGAGAGAGCACAUCAGCCUGCAACGUCAAAGCGUACCUACAUCGCCAUGGCCAAGGAGAGCAUGAAUAUUCUCCACCAUCACGUCGUUUCAAAUGCAACAGACGCAGACAUCUACGUGAGCGGCGCAUUUUCGAACGCUUUGACGGCUCUUUCAAAGCCGAUCACUCUCAAGUAUGAUUACCGGAUUGUGACCAAGUCAGAACAGCCGUGGAAGAUGGCGACCACCACCGUCUUGGCAUUACUGGAAUCUACUCUGCCACAGGUGAAGGCAGCCAAGAUCUCGCAAGCUACGGUACAGGAGAUCUGGGAUGUCAUAGUCGAUAUCUCGAACGGAUUCAUAAAAGCCAACUACAACAAUGCCUCUGCAAACGCAGACAUUGCAGGGGAUCAGGAAUUUGACAUUGUGUCUUUCCGGGCUCUCAAGGAGCUGAUCAUCCCAUCGCUCGGUUCUGAUUCAAUAUCCGACAAGACGCGUCGAGCAUACGCUGAAGGUCUAUUCCGGACAUCAAUUAUACACGCACCGGCACCAUCAGAGGCAGAGAUCAUCUUCGGAGGCAACCAGGAAAGGACCGAGGGCAUGGAUCAGGCCUUAGCCGCCCUCUAUAAGCCCCGCAAUGGACGCACAAUCGACCCACGGCCGACACUGCGGAGGGAGAUGAGCUACGUCUGUCUGGAUGAGCUCUUUGACAUUGUCUCAUUACACGACCCGAGCGCCGCCGGCCCGGAGAUUACCUUGCAGCCACCAACGCCUCGCUUUCCCCCUCCUGGCGCCUCAGCUGCCGGGCCACUUGAUCCGUUAAAAUCGCCUGUGCCUGACACGACCGGCACCGGCGGCGCUCCGGGAAGCCGCAAGGCAGUUGCCGUGAAGGAACCUUCCCAUGACCUCCAUGUCCGCUUGGCACGCACAGCAGCGCCGUACCUGAUUCUCCGCUGUGCCUUGACCCUGCGAGCAUACGUGGCCGACCAGCCCCUGCGCGGGCGUAUGCCACAGCCGCUCUCGCAGAGGCAGGAGCUGGAGCGGAUCCUGCGAUGCCUUAUAGAGCUGCAGAGCGAGCCUGAAGCCAUCCCUGGCUUCUCACAAGUAACCAGCGAAAGGGGCAGACACUUGUACAGCCUGUACCCCUUGUUGGUGAAGGCGGCCAUGGUGAACCCGGGCGAUGACAAAGUCAUUGGGCUGGUCACGGCUUCGUUGGACGCAGUAGGCCGUGAGUUGGGUUUGGGCGUGUAA